AUGGUGUCGCUACCACGCUUCUUCCACUCCACCACCCCCGACGGCACUGUUGCCACUCCUACGUCUCCGUCAAUACAGCCCUUAGCUGUUGGUAACACAAGCAACAUGAGCCGGCACAGCAGCAAUCUGCUACCCGCUUUGGGCAGCCCAGGUAGUCUCAAAGCGGUGUUUAAUGGCCCUGACCCUCGAGACUCCACCAUGACCGACGAGUACGUGGACGAGAUUGUGCCUGACUUUGUCCAGUGCUCCAUUAUGGGCUCAAACACCCCCUUCGGUCGCCGUUCACGCCUCGAUGACUCGGCAGGCGAGGGUUUGCGCAGGAACGUCCUGGUCCGCAAUGCUAUGCUUUCGAGCCUGGAACGGGAGCGUCGCCAGAUCGCAGAGGAGGCUUUUCUAUCUAGCCCCCCGGCAACCACACUAACCCUGGACAAGAGCAACCCACAUGACGAUGUCGACGACGAGGCUCAGUUCUUUGAGGACUUGCUCUCGGAGCUCAGCGGUUCCGAAUACUCGAGUCCAGCAAGCUCUAUGCUCGAGCCUGUUGCACACACAAGCGCUGUAACUUCGCACACUGCCCUUAAAUCGACAGAGGCGAACGAUGAGGAAGACUUCGUCCAGCUGGAAGCCAACCUCCCCGGCGAAUCUCUGCGCACCAAUGACACCACGCCGCUAGCUGCGCCUGCUGCCAUCACAGAAGCUCGAGAUGAGGCGACAGUCAACAAGGUGCCUCAAACUCUUGUUGAUUCGUGCUCGAGCGCCUUCUCGGCCGCUCCUGUCUGUGGUGACUCAGGCUUCACAGAUGAGGUAUCUCGACCCGCCUCGGCUGCCACCUGCUGCACAGGAUAUCCCAAUGUGUGCCCUUACCCUGCCAUCUCAAGCUACGUUGGAGGAUCGUCGGAAGAACUCCCUGCCCUCAUCGAUGAUGACGACAGCGAUGCGGAAGAAGAUGACGACGACGAAGCAGGAGAAGUUGACGGUGCAGAUCAAGCAGCGCAAGACUUUGCUCAGGCUGUCGAAGCCGUUAUUCAGCCAGCAUUGCUCAGUCCCGACCGUGAUGCCUCACGAUCGAGGCCGCUUUCACCUGUCACUUCGCCUGUACAUUCGGUCUGUGUCGACUACACAACCUUCCGUGAUCAGCUCUCUCCCGAGCCCUCGCGUCCAACAUCGCCCAUCUCGAGUGCUUCGUCGAAAGGCGAUGGAGACGGUCCCAGCCCUAUGCUUCUGCCUUCCGACUUGGGCGCUCUUCCUUCAAUAGCUGAGCUGUCCCUGCAACUUCCGAUCGCAUCAGGAGCAGAUCUGCUGGCCCGACCCUCUCAUGCUCUUGCAGGUGCUUGGUUUGACCACCACAAGGUAGACACUUCCAGCCAUGCAAGCACGAGCGCUGACCGCAUCCGCUGGACCACCUCCCCGGCCACCUACUUCCGCUCAGGGCCGGCGACUUCGUCGACGUCCACACUAACGGACUUCCAGCACCACCACCACCACCACCACCAUAGACUUGCCGAUACGCAUUGCACCAGCAGCUACCCCAGUGUAGCGCCGAGCGAUCUAGCUGAUCACAACAUCGUGGUUCACUGGUCGCGUUGA